UAUAAACCAGUGCCAGUCACAUUGUAUUAAUUAUCAACAAUAAUUAAGCACAAGACAUAACAAGCGCCAGAACACUGCUUUUAUUUGUCAGGUCCUUGGGCUGUUUUGUGAGGCCCUAGGAACCUAAAUGUUUUUUUUUUAAAUGAGUUAUUCACCAGAAAUACUGUUGAUAAUCGGCCCAUGUACAAAGAGCCAGCGAUUAGCCAUGAAACAAGCCGAUUGGCUGAUCGGAUCUUUUGUGUUGCCAUUUAAUUUAUCAUUGUUGAUUAGACGUCGCCCUGUGUAAACUGAGGAUCUGUGCCCAACAUUGAUGAAUUUAAAUGGCCACAUGAACGAUUCAGGGAUGAUUGCUGACCCCGAAGAUUGGUGCUAGUUAUCUGCAGCCUGUUGGCCCAUGUGAAUGAUUGUUGGCCCAUGUAACGUUUUUAUUUUCCCUGUAUUACAAAGUGUCCAUUCAAAGAUUCUGGAAAGAUUAUCUUUGUGACCACUUUCCACUCUGGCCAAGAAAUGAGGAUCCUGAACAGAUGACCCCCAGGCUCCCAUUCACUUCCCGAUAGAGUAUAUGGAAAUGGGUUUUCUAAACUGAACAACUUCUUAAGGAAUAGAAAAUCAUAAUUCUAAGUUACCAGUUCUUACAUGGAUGACAUAAACCAGGAAGACACUGUGAUGGGCUCUGACUGGGAGCCAUAAGAAUGGAAUCAGUGUAGCAGUACAAAGUGUGUUCAUGUCUUCCAGCCACUCAGGGAUGGGCAUUUUUAUGGCUAUAUAUAAAAGCUUUUAUGCUAGGAUUCACACUCACAUCUGAUUGAAAACAUCUGACUUUCGAGGGGGCGUGUCUGGCAUCGCAUGGAGGCGGUCGCAUAAUCAGUGUGCUCCGCUGUGCCUUAGGCCAUAAAGUGGCUCUAUAGCGAAUUUACCAUCACAGAUUUCCUACAAUCUACUGUAUCUCUUCUUGUACCUGAACAUCUGGCCUCCAUGGCUAUGGCUCGUAAAAGGGGGAAGAUGAAGAACCAGAUGAAACUUACUGCCUUCUUUCCAGUGGCAGAGGUCUCCCAAGAUGGCGCAGCUGCUUCUCCUCAACAUCUGGAUGGUCUGACUUCUCCCUGCGGCUCUGCUUCUCCAGCUACGGGCAGUGCAUCGCUGGCUUCAUCCUCCUCGAAAGCUACCAGUGAUCAUUAUCUGUCCCCGGUGGUUUCUUUGAAAAAGCAGAUGGGAAGGUCACCAUCUAUGGCUGGAUCCCAACAGGUACAUUUUUCUCCUAAGUCUCCUAUGCUUCCAAGGCCCGGCAGCCAUAUGGGGAAGGAUCCUGUGGGUUAUCCUAAUGUACCCCUUAAUGAGCACACAAUGAGAGGGCUCCUGGCCGAAUUGAAAAGUUCUCUGCAAGGGGACUUACAAAAUGCGGUCUCAACUAUCCAACAUGAGAUCUCUUCUCUGGGGAACCGCACCUCGCACAUAGAGAAUAAGAUGACGGAGCUUACUUCAUCCCAUAAAACAGUGGUUGACCUAGCUAACAACCUGGAGGAUGAGGUGGCUGCGCUUAAGUUGAAAAUAGCUGACAUGGAGUACCGAUACUGCCACAACAAUCUGCGGGUGCGGGGGGUACUGGAGUCAGUUAAUACAGAGGAUUUGAAUGGCUUUCUGACUGACUUCUUUACUCUUCCAUUGCCACAAGCCUCCUCCAUGGAUCUUCUUAUGGACAGAGUGCAUCGGCUUCCCAAGCCUAAAUCGCUACCCUCUGUACCGAGGGAUGUUAUUCUGCGUAUGUGUAUGGAUUGCUUUACUGUUAGACAGUUCCCAAAUGGAGGCUCUACAGCCUUCUUGCAUUUACUUUGCAGGUGUAAAAUUGGCAUUUUUUGCUACCCUAUCGACUUUUAUAUAUGGGUAUUAAACUGGUAUUUAUUAAUGCUAAAUGGCUUAAUUCUCCAUUCAAGCGAUCCCUCCUUUGGAGGGAAGCAAAGCGAUUGCAUGCAGAUGUGUUUUGUAUUCAAGAGGCGCAUCUUGCUGCAGAUGAAAAAUAUCCUCACAUGUUCCAUGCCCAUGCUAUCAAUAAAAAUGGGUGUGUGUCUAUUGCCAUACGGGAUUCAGUGGCGUUUACUGUACAGCAUGUUGAAGUAGACGCUGGAGGCCGUUACAUUAUUCUACUUUGCCAAUUAAAUAAUGUUACAUAUA